AUGCACUCCAUGGCCGACGCGUUUAGCAGAUGGGGAAUCGGGUACUGGGGUAAUGUCUGCAGCUUCAACCUAUCCAACAUGUCCAGCGGCACCGAGCAGCGCAAGAUUUACAUCAACAAGCCCCAGCCGAACCAUCUGGCUACGCGCGGGCAUCGGUUCAAGGCGUUUGAUUUGCAUCGCAUGAAGGCGGAGAACGUGGUUUUUGACGCGCCGUUUUGGAUGGAUGUUGAGACUAAGCCGGACAGUCUUGAUGCGUGGAUGAUUUGGUACGAUACAUUUUUCCUCACGGCGCCGGGCACAAAUCUCGCUCAGAGCGCUAAAGGCCACCGGGAUCUUAAACAGGAUUGCGUUGAUGGGGUUAUCGUUGCGACUGGUCCGCAUGGCAAAGUGGCACAUUGGGGCGCUGGGCAUCUCCCCGUCGUUCGAACACCAACACAGGCACCAGCGGUCCUGCUAGCACUGGGAGAUUCCAUCACGAGCACGGUCAAGUUUGGGGAACAUCGCGGAUCGCCUCGCGAUGUGGAGAUGACGGUUAGCUGGACGAUCCGAGACGCUGCGUAG